CAAUGUUAGGGCUUUUCGGAGAAAUUCGCACUCUCUCGCUCUUCGAUUCCGUUUCUCGAAUUGGGUUGUUCAGGAAUGGUCAAUUAGAAGAGGGGAGUAGCGGCGGAGUCGGAUUCAUAGGAUACAGAGAAGCAAAACCUAAGAAGCUGCAGCAGCAACACUUGUUCACGAGUCGCUAUCUCCUCCUCAGAACGAGAACAAUGUCUGCAUCAGCGAAGAGCGUUUCGACCUUAGACAAUGUAGUGGUGAAGUCACCGAACGAUCGGAGGUUAUACAGAGUGAUUGAAUUGGAGAAUGGAUUGUGUGCUCUGCUUAUUCACGAUCCAGAUAUUUAUCCCGAAGGCUCUGUUCCGGAUCAAGUUGAUGAAGAUGACGAGGACGGUGAAGAAGAAGAAGAUAGUGACGGAAGCUAUGAAGAUGAUGAUGAGGAAGAAGGGGAAGGAGAUGAAGAAGAUGAUGAGGAUGAGGAUGAAGAUGAAGUGAAAGAGAAAGGAGAUCAUCAGACUAAAAAGGCAGCUGCAGCUAUGUGUGUUUCAAUGGGAAGCUUCUUGGAUCCUCCGGAGGCGCAAGGAUUGGCUCACUUUCUUGAACACAUGCUUUUUAUGGGUAGCACUGAGUUUCCCGAUGAGAAUGAAUAUGAUAGUUACUUGUCCAAGCAUGGUGGAGCCUCUAAUGCGUACACAGAAAUGGAGCAUACUUGCUAUCACUUUGAAGUCAAGAGAGAAUUCCUUCAAGGUGCCUUGAAAAGGUUCUCUCAGUUUUUUGUUGCACCGCUUAUGAAGACCGAGGCUAUGGAACGAGAACUCCUUGCCGUUGAUUCAGAAUUUAACCAGGCCAUCCAAAAUGAUUCAUGUCGCCUGCAACAACUUCAGUGCUAUACGUCUGCAAAGGGUCAUCCUUUUAAUAGGUUUGCAUGGGGUAACAAGAAGAGCUUAAGUGGUGCAAUGGAAAAUGGGGUUGACUUACGGGAAUGUAUUGUGAAAUUAUAUAAAGAAUAUUACCAUGGUGGAUUAAUGAAGCUCGUUGUCAUUGGGGGAGAAUCUCUUGAUAUGCUUGAAAGUUGGGUUGUAGAACUAUUUGGUGCUGUAAAAAACGGAUCCAAAAUCAGGCCAACUCUGGAGGCAGAAGGUCCUAUUUGGAAAGGCGGUAAAUUAUAUCGCCUAGAAGCGGUUAAAGAUGUUCAUAUUCUUGAUUUGACAUGGACUCUCCCCCCUCUUCGCCAUGCAUAUGUGAAGAAGCCGGAAGACUAUCUAGCACAUCUAUUAGGACAUGUUUAUCAAUAUCUCAAGCUAUUGCGUGAUGUGUCACCACAAGAAUGGAUAUUUAAGGAACUCCAAGAUAUUGGGAACAUGGACUUUAAAUUUGCUGAGGAGCAGCCGGCAGACGAUUAUGCUUCUGAGCUCUCAGAGAAUAUGCUUGCGUAUCCGGUGGAGCACGUUAUUUAUGGUGAUUAUGUAUACCAGACAUGGGAUCCAAAGUUGAUAGAAGAUCUUAUGGGUUUCUUCACACCAAAAAACAUGCGGAUUGAUGUUGUUUCGAAAUCCAUCAAGUCAGAAGAGUUCCAGCAAGAGCCUUGGUUUGGUUCUCGUUACAUUGAGGAAGAUGUUCCAUUGUCGUUGAUGGAAACAUGGACCAAUCCUUCAGAAGUAGAUGCCUCUUUGCAUCUUCCCUCGAAAAAUCAAUUUAUCCCAUGUGAUUUUUCGAUCCGAGCCAUUAACUCUGAUGUGGAUCCCAAAACUCAGUCUCCUCCUAGAUGUAUAAUUGAUGAACCGUUCAUGAAGUUCUGGUACAAGCUUGACGAAACUUUUAAGGUUCCUCGUGCAAAUACGUACUUCCGCAUAAAUCUGAAGGGGGCAUAUGCCAGUGUGAAGAACUGCCUUUUGACAGAAUUAUUUAUUAACCUUCUGAAAGACGAGUUAAACGAGAUAAUCUACCAGGCCAGUAUAGCAAAACUUGAAACCGCUUUAUCUAUGUAUGGUGAUAAACUAGAGCUUAAAGUGUAUGGCUUUAAUGAGAAAAUUCCAGCUCUUUUAUCAAAAAUCUUAACCAUAGCCAAAUCCUUCAUGCCAAGCCUAGAGCGAUUUAAGGUUAUCAAAGAAAACAUGGAGAGAGGCUUUAGAAACACUAAUAUGAAGCCUUUGAACCAUUCCACAUACUUGAGACUGCAGCUCUUGUGUAAGCGAAUCUAUGACAGUGACGAAAAGUUGUCUGUGCUAAAUGAUUUGUCUCUCGAUGAUCUCAACAGCUUUAUUCCUGAAGUCCGUUCUCAGAUAUUUAUUGAGGCUCUAUGUCAUGGUAAUUUGUCCGAAGACGAAGCAGUGAACAUAUCAAACAUAUUCAAAAAUAGUUUGACGGUUGAACCGCUCCCAAGCAAAUGUAGACAUGGAGAGCAGAUAACACGUUUUCCUGUGAGUGCCAAACUUGUAAGAGAUGUCAGUGUGAAGAACAAAUCUGAAACAAACUCAGUAAUUGAGCUUUACUAUCAAAUCGAGCCUGAAGAAGCUCAGUCAACAAGAAUGAAAGCUAUGCUGGAUCUCUUUCAUGAAAUCAUAGAAGAACCAUUGUUCAAUCAGUUGAGGACAAAGGAACAGCUCGGUUAUGUUGUCGAGUGUGGCCCUCGCUUAACAUAUCGUGUCCAUGGUUUCUGUUUCUGUGUUCAAUCUUCCAAGUACGGUCCAGUCCAUUUGCUCGGGAGAGUCGACAACUUCAUAAAAGAGAUUGAAGUGCUGUUGGAACAAUUGGAUGAAGAAUCAUUUGAAGAUUAUAGAAGCGGUAUGAUUGCUAGAUUGCUGGAAAAGGAUCCUUCUCUCUUGUCUGAGACAAAUGAGUUAUGGAGUCAGAUUGUUGACAAAAGGUACAUGUUUGAUUUCUCCCACAAAGAAGCAGAAGAACUGAGAAACAUACAGAAGAAAGAUGUGAUCAAGUGGUACAAAACCUACUUCAUAGAAUCUUCACCAAAAUGCCGUAGGCUUGCGGUUAGGGUUUGGGGAUGCGAUACCAAUAUGAAAGAAAGUCAAACAGAUGAGAAGUCGGUGCAGGUCAUAGCAGACGCUGUAGCUUUCAAGUCGACUUCUCAGUUUUACCCCAGCCUUUGCUGAUAGAGAAACAACAUUUACACAAGAGUUUUGCUUUGCUGCUGCUUUUUUUUUUCUUUCCCAUUCACCCAAUUUUAUUCAGUACCUUAAAUGGAUAAGUUAUAAAUACAUUUGGGUGACAAACACCAAUAACGCCUCUAUUUAUUUUGUUUGUUAAGAAGAUUUGAUUAUAUGCAUUUAAAUUAAUGUUUUAUC